CGCAGCUCUGGCCGCAGUUCGCCUACAACGACGGUCGGACGUGUAACUCAUAUAGAGUUGAAGAAACACCAGGCGAAAAAUAAAAGGCAGGGGUGUGUAUAUGCGUGUGAGAGAAGGGGGAGGCUGCAUUGGGAGCAGCUAUGGGUGAGAUCGAGGGCACCUACCGCUCCUUGCAGACCCCUGCAGGGACACGGCUCGGAGCUCAGUACAACACCGGCAUCAGCACCCUGGAGCCCGGGCAGAGCCUCAGUUCGGCUAUGGGAGCAGGAGGGAAAGGCCACAACAAGGGCCUGCAGAUCCGUGUCCAGGGCCUGGAUGAUGCUCAGGAGUUCUAUGAGCUUGAUUCAAAAGCGGAUGGGCAAACUCUUUACUCUGAAGUGUUCAGACGGAUCAAUCUCAUUGAGAGCGAUUAUUUUGGUCUGGAGUUUCAGAACCUGCAGAUGAACUGGGUUUGGCUGGAGCCCACCAAGCUCAUAGUGAAACAAGUGAGACGACCGAUGAACACACUCUUUCGGCUGUCGGUAAAGUUCUUUCCUCCAGAUCCUGGUCAGCUUCAGGAAGAGUUUACUAGGUACUUGUUUUCUCUGCAGAUCAAGAGGGAUCUAAUAGACGGCCGAUUGAACUGUACGGAAAACACUGCCGCCCUGCUGGCUUCUCAUUUGGUGCAAUCUGAGAUCGGUGACUACGAUGACAUAGCAGACAGGGAGUUUCUGAAGAUGAGUAAACUGCUGCCAUAUCAGGAACGUGUGCAAGAAAAGAUCAUGGAGCUCCACCGCAGACACAUUGGGCAGACCCCAGCAGAAUCAGAUUUCCAGGUUCUGGAGAUUGCUCGUAAACUGGAGAUGUAUGGGGUUCGCUUUCAUCCCGCCGCUGACCGAGAAGGCACCAAGAUUAACCUGGCUGUCGCGCACAUGGGCCUGCAGGUCUUUCAGGGCCACACCAAAAUUAACACUUUCAACUGGUCUAAAAUUCGGAAGCUGAGCUUCAAGAGGAAACGAUUUUUAAUUAAAUUGCACCCAGAAGUUCAUGGUCCUCAUCAGGAUACGUUGGAAUUUCUAAUGGGGAGUCGAGAUCAGUGUAAGAUCUUCUGGAAGAACUGUGUGGAGCAUCACUCGUUUUUCCGUCUUUUAGAUCAGCCACAGCCCAAAUCCAAAGCUGUCUUCUUCAGCAGAGGAUCCUCCUUCAGAUACAGUGGGAGGACGCAAAAGCAGCUUGUUGAGUAUGUGAGGGACAGCGGGUUGAGAAGAACUCCUUACCAGAGGAGGAACAGUAAGAUUCGCAUGUCAACACGUUCCUUGGCUUCUGAUGUGCCAAAACAGAAUCUGUCCUUUAAUGACAGUCUAAGGUGUGCAGUACCUCCUUCCUCUGUCACCGCCUCCUUCCACUCCCUGCAUGCCCCCAGCUCACCCAUGCGGAUGGAGACCCCAAACCAGCCUGUGCAUCUUCAGCAGACGCAGCAGCCUGUCAGAGCCCCCAGCCCAAUGCAGCAGGACUCCAUCAAGACCAACUCCCAAUCCACCUACGCCUUCCCAGACUCUGCCACUGACAGCCCACAGCUUUCUCCCUUCAACACCAAGGGUCCUCUGUGUCUGUCGCCCUCCUUCCAGAUGUCCACUCUUAGUCUUCCCGGCCAGGCACCUUCGCCCCUGCAGAGCCCCAUCUUGAAUGAGGUGGGCACUGCCAGACUAGACGAAGACGAAGAGGGCAGGAGGAAGAGAUAUCCCACCGACAAAGCCUACUUCAUUGCUAAAGAGAUUCUGACAACAGAGCGGACGUACCUGAAGGAUCUGGAGGUCAUCACAGUGUGGUUUCGCAGUGCAGUGAUUAAAGAAAACGCAAUGCCUGAGGGCCUCAUGACCCUCUUGUUCUCCAACAUCGACCCCAUCUAUGAGUUCCACAGAGGCUUUCUCAAAGAGAUUGACCAAAGGCUGGCUCUCUGGGAGGGGCGCUCUAACGCUCAUGUAAAAGGAGAUUACCAACGAAUUGGCGAUGUUAUGCUACGCAACAUGUGUGCUCUAAAGGAGUUCACAGGCUAUCUGCAGAAGCAUGAUGAGGUGUUAACAGAGCUUGAGAAAGCCACGAAGCGUGUGAAGAAGUUAGAGACCGUGUAUAAGGAGUUUGAGCUACAGAAGGUGUGCUACCUGCCCCUCAACACCUUCCUGCUGAAGCCCAUCCAGAGACUUAUGCAUUACAAACUCAUCCUGGAGCGUCUGUGUAAGCAUUACGCCCCCCAGCACAGAGACUACGAUGACUGCAAAGAGGCUUUGAAAGAGGUUGCAGAGAUCGCCACUCAGCUGCAGAGCAGUCUGAUUCGACUGGAGAACUUUCAGAAGCUGACAGAACUUCAGAGAGAUCUGAUUGGCAUUGAGAACCUUACAGCUCCAGGAAGAGAAUUUAUCAGGGAAGGUUGUCUCUACAAGCUCACCAAGAAGGGUCUGCAGCAGAGGAUGUUUUUUCUCUUUUCAGACAUGCUGCUCUACACAAGCAAAGGGGUGACUGCAACCAAUCAGUUUAAAGUUCAUGGACAACUUCCCCUGCAUGGGAUGAUUGUGGAGGAGAGUGAGAAUGAGUGGUCUGUUCCUCACUGUUUUACCAUAUAUUCUGCUCAGAGGACCAUUGUGGUUGCAGCUAGCUCCAAAGUAGAGAUGAACAAGUGGAUUGAAGAUCUAAACAUGGCUAUUGACAUGUCGAAGAAAUGUCAGGAGAAAUCAGAUCUUCUGUUGGACCCAAGCCUAUGUGAUCGCUCCAACAGAUCAUCAGAUGAAGUGUCUCUGGAGCAGGAGUCAGAGGAUGACAUGAACUCCUCCCGCUGCUCUCUGGACAAGCAGAGCCACCACAGGGCCAACACCACCAUGCAUGUGUGCUGGCACCGCAACACCAGCGUCUCUAUGUCUGACCACAGCCUAGCCGUGGAGGUAGCAUUUACACACUCGUGCACACACAUCUCAGUAUUCGGUUCUCCAGCCGUGUCUCCAGAGCUCCCCCCUCGGUACCUGCUCGGUCAGGGCCAGAGACCCAACACCAUCACUCAUGUGUGCUGGUACCGAAACCAGAACCUUUCUCUCAGUGACUACCUGCGCAUGAACCAGAACCAGCUGUCUGGUUACCUCCUAAGAAAGUUCAAGAACAGCAAUGGCUGGCAGAAACUCUGGGUCGUCUUUACCAACUUCUGUCUGUUCUUCUAUAAGACACACCAGGAUGACUUCCCUCUGGCCAGUCUGCCGUUGCUAGGUUACACAGUCAGCACCCCAGGGGAAUCAGAUAGCAUCCAUAAGGAGUAUGUCUUCAAGCUGCAGUUCAAAUCCCAUGUUUACUUCUUCAGGGCAGAAAGCGAGUAUACAUUUGAAAGAUGGAUGGAGGUGAUCAAAAGUGCAGCGAGCUCCGCGGGACGCAUGAGUCUGCUUGUACCCAAAGGCCCAGCAGAGAUGAACGGGGGAAGCUGAGUGUGUCAGACUGAUCUCCUGGAGCUGAGGGCUGGGCCCACUGCCUGCCAGGACUAAACACACCAACAUUUUAUCCUUUCUGAUUUGUGGCUCUGAGAAGCAUCAUCAUAAUAACUUAAUUCUUGACUCUGGACUAUUAGCUCUCUGCUUGCUGGGAGUUUGAGCUGCUUAUUGAAACCUCGGACCGAAGACGUUUCAGCGCUCUGUAAUUCUCUCCCACCAUUUCUCUUUCUAUUCUUCUCGUCUUCUUGCUAAUGAAACAAAAAGUGGGCGUCUAGCUUUUCUAGAACCACACUAGACUGAAAGAAUUCUUCUAGAAACACACUAGACUGAAUUAAAUUAUGUUUAAGUGUUUUUUUUACUUAAGGAUCCAGAGAUAAUCUCGCUAAGGUUACACUUAUUGCUGUAUUCAGGUUGUAAGGUCUUUGCUAAGAUCAUCGAUAUCAUUACUCCAGUCUAUUCAGUAGAAAUCUAGUCCCGCAGGACCACAAAAACAGUUUCCGUUACUUGUCCUGGGACAGCAUGACUGAAUACUACUGAACGGAGUGUUGACAAACAGAUGGUUUGUAUUAAGUCCAGCUGGUGCAGUAAGUGAGAUGAAGGACUUGCGCUGUAAAAUGUGUCUCGCUGAUUUAAAAACAACAUAGCGUUGGUCAGAGAGCAUGUUUACAGAGCUCAUAAACUGGAGUUGUAUGACUGCCCUCGCCCCUUUAAAGAGCCGAGGGUGAGACAUUGGUACAGGAAGGGAUCAGAAAGAAACAGAAAGGUUAUUUUGACGACGAGGCAGCUGAAUUGGCUUGUGCAGUAUGUGCUGUCCUCUUCCAGUGUAGGUUAAAGCAUGUUUUGAAGGUCAUUAUUAAGUGACUUACUAUUUAGGGGAUUUGUUUAAGUUCUGAUCGUUCAUUUUUUUUGAUCUGACAGUUUGAAUCUGAAAACUAAUCAGAUAUUUAUUUUAAAGACUGACCAAAAAUAUUUGCUAACCAAACUAAAUGUAAUGUUUGAAAUGAUGUAUUUACAAAUGUCACUAGUUUUGAUUUUUGGGAUACUUGACAGAUAAUAAGCUCAAGUCUAAACUGAGAGGGUCAUCCAUAGUGCACUUUUCUUUCGAUUUCUGCCACACAGGGAAGAGGAAACGGUUCUGGUGAAGUUAAAGUUUUAGUCAAAGUUGAAGUUAAAACGACGAAAUGCAAAAUGUUCUCGGUCAGCCGCCAAAUCCUAACAUUCAAACUAGAAUCAACGGCCUAAAACUGCCGUUUUAUUAUAUUGUAUAUGUGAUUUUUUCUUUUUUUAAGCAUAUUAAUAAUUAAUUUACAUUCUUUCCCUACAAACAUUUUUCCUUUUCUUUUUUUAACUACCAAUAUUUUUUUGCAAGGCAUAUCUCACUAUACGGUCUCGUUUUGUUGGAAGGCCAGUUGGGUUUUUGUUGUUUUAGUAGCAUGAUGAAGUUCCACAGCAUGUGUGACAGUGUUAUGUUUACUUCUCGGCUUCACUUUAUGAAGACAGAUCUGUACGACAUCUGAUUUGGGAGAUUUUUGCAUCUUUUUGGAUUAUUGGUUGUAUUUAUAAGGCUUUUGGCUUUGUCCGUUCAACAUGCUGUACAGGGUCCAACCAAAGACCUGAAGAAGUCUUGCGUAAGCCCGAAAGGGAUAAUUCACCCAAAAAGGAAAAUUCUGCCAUUAAUUACUCACGUUUUUCCAAACCUGUAAGACCUUCAUUCAUCUUCAGAACACAAAUUAAGAUAUUUUUUUAAAUCCGAGAGCUUUCUGACCCUGCAUAGACAGCAAAGCAACUACCACGUUUAAGGUCUAGAAAGGUAGUCCAUGUGACAUCAGUGGUUAGUUUAUGAAGCUACAAGAAUACUAUUUGUAUGCAAAGAAAACAAAAAUAACGACUUUGUUCCACAACUUCAGUCUCUGGUGUGCGUUCAUGCAACUACCACAACAUGCGUCAGUGAAAUUGUUGAAGUCAUUAUUUUUGUUUUCUUUGCACACAGAAAGUAUUCUCGUAGCAUCGUAAAAUUACGGUUGAACCACUGAUGUCACAUGGACUAUUUUAACAAUGUUCUUACAACCUUUCUGGCCCUUGAACGUGGCAAUUCCAUUGCUGUCUAUGCAGGGUCAGAAAGCUCUGGGAUUUAAUCCAAAACAUCUUUGCGUUCUGAAGGCGAACGAAGGUCUUACAGGUUUGAUGAGUAUGAGUAAUUAAUAACCGAAUUCUCAUUUUUGGGUGAAUUAUCUUUUUAAAAGGUUGGCCAAAGUUAGUCGGCCACACAUUAAGCAGUGUUGCUUUGUGUACUCAACAGUAAACUGUAUGCAGCUAUCAUCUCGACGUGAGCUCAGCUAGUCUGAUGUGUUUGAAUCCCUCUUAAUUCACUAAUGCACUGUGUGGGCUCAUGGUCUCCACCCAUUUUUGUACAUUUUAUGCAAGGACUGGAAUCAUUUUCUUCCUCGUUUUCUGUAUCUGGCAAUGAGAGGGAUGGAUGAACGGUUCUUUUCCAUCCUGGAUUGCUAAGCACGAGAAAA